AUGAAGCUCUCACUCAGUCUUGUCUACUUCAACGUCAUGGCCGUCGCCGCAGCCUCUCAGCUUUUUUGCUUGCCCAGAGGUUUUCCAGACUGCCAAGACGGUGAAGGUGAUGCGUUAUUCACAAUACACAGCAGCCCCCGUGGGUGUAUCAAGGCAUGCUAUCUUGAAGAACAGAUGGAGAACGAUAAUCAUGGGAAAAGAUGCAAGGGUCAGUGCAAAUCUGUACGGGUAGACCACCAAACAUACAAUUUUGCAUGUCACGGUAGGAAUCCUGAUUAUGUCAAGGAAACUUGA